UGGCAGUUUCUGUUGACACCGGAAGUGCCUGCACGGGCUCCCGCUGCCACGAUUUGAGCUUGCCCUUACUGCCAUAAUGGCGACUGCUGGGACGGCGGACCCUGGACCCACAGCCCAGACAGGGACCAGCAGCCUCCGGAAAAUGGCCUCUUCAGAGGUGCCUGGCUCUUCUAGCACAACCCAGAGUAUGAAGAAGACCAUUGGACACCGGGGCGUUGAGACCUCCACAGGAGAGACCACCUAUAAAAAGACCACGUCAUCUGCCCUGAAAGGUGCAAUCCAACUGGGUAUUGCUCACACUAUUGGAAGUUUAAGUCAAAAAGCAGAGCGGGAUGUUCUAAUGCAGGACUUCGUGGUGGUCGAAAGCAUCUUUUUCCCCAGUGAAGGCAGUAACCUGACACCCGCUCAUCACUACAGUGACUUUCGCUUUAAGACCUACGCUCCUAUUGCCUUUCGUUACUUCAGAGAACUGUUUGGCAUUCGGCCAGAUGACUAUCUGUAUUCUCUGUGUAACGAGCCACUGAUCGAGCUGUCUAAUCCCGGGGCCAGUGGAUCAAUCUUCUAUGUCUCUAGUGAUGAUGAGUUCAUCAUUAAGGCCGUUCAGCACAAAGAGGCUGAGUUCCUCCAGAAACUCCUGCCUGGAUACUUCAUGAAUAUAAACCAAAACAAGCGCACCCUGCUGCCCAAGUUCUAUGGACUGUACUGCGUUCAGCGCGGGGGCAAGAACAUCCGUAUGGUAGUGAUGAACAAUCUUCUCCCUCGGAUAAUUCCCAUGCACCUCAAAUACGACAUGAAGGGCUCCACCUACAAGAGACGAGCCUCUCCUAAGGAGAGAGAAAAGGCUGUUCCCACUUUCAAAGACUUGGACUUUAUCCAGGACUUGCCCGACGGUCUGCUGCUGGAAUCGGACAACUACAAUGCUCUGUGCAAGACUAUACAGAGGGACUGCUUGCUAUUACAGAGUUUCAAGAUCAUGGAUUACAGUCUGCUGGUGGGCAUCCACAACAUGGACCAGGCCAGUCGGGAGCGAGAGCGCACUGGGGGCUAUUCGGGGGAAAGCGGUGUGUCAGAGGGAGCUGUUACUCCAGACCAGCGCCGGCCGCAAGCCCAGAAGAGUCUGUACUGUACAGCCAUGGAGUCCAUCCAGGGGGAGGCUCGAGGGAAGGGAGCUUUAGAUUCAGAAGACCACAUGGGUGGUAUUCCAGCUCGUAACAAUAAAGGAGAGAGGUUGCUGAUCUACAUCGGCGUCAUUGACAUUCUCCAGUCCUACAGGUUCAUUAAAAGGUUGGAACACUCCUGGAAGGCUUUGGUCCAUGACGGGGACACAGUUUCAGUUCACAGACCUGGCUUCUAUGCAGAGCGUUUCCAGCAGUUCAUGUGCAGCACAGUGUUUAAGAAAAUUCCACUAAAACCAUCCCCAUCUAAGAAGAGUCGUAGUGGAGGUCAGGGAGGUCUUAGGAGGGCCCCCACCCUCGGAGGUCCCACCCCGCUAUCCAGCGCAGCAGGGCAGAUAUCUCUCGACUCCAGACUGAUGUACCACAGCCACUUCAAAAGCACAGAGUCAGAAGCUGACAGUGGCGUGCUGUCGGGCAGAUCUGAUCUCGUUCUGAGGACCCCUCCACUAGACAACCCUGCUGAUAGUGAGGCCAACCUCUCCACCUCAUCACUAGGCAGCACAGGAGUCGCCUCCACCUCUCCCCCCCUGCGUUCUGUUGGAGUGGACGUGCACAAAUCCGCAAACACAGACCAUGACCAGGGGGCUCACCACAGUUUUGGCGAAGAAGAGGCUGCAGAUAAUUCUGGCAACUUCUCUGGAAAUGAAGAUGUAGUUUCAUUAUCAGACAUCAUCCCCGAGACAAACAUCUGUUUUUAAAAAAAACGACACGGUGCAAUCCUAGAAUGAGGCGUUUCUGGCCUGGUGAGAGUGGGUGGAAGUAAGGAUGAAGAGAACAAGCAUCCACAGCAGACCCUCCGUUGAACCUGAUGAUGUUUCCUCACUCUAUACGUACAGUAUAUACAGGGGUCAUUGGAUAAUGCUUGGAGGUGCAGAGGAGGUCACAGCGGUGUUUAAAGCAAGGACUGGAACAAUGAGGAACCAGUGUGCGGUAGGGCCUGAGACUUUCCCCGCCACCAAAAAUCCAUGUCUUUAUUAACACCUUGGGGACAAAAUAAAGGACCCUGAAUUGGAAGCUUAUGAAUGGCUUUGGCAGGGGUUCUCCUUCAUCUUUGCAACAGGACUGCUGCAAGGUAAACAUAGAAUAAAAAAUAAAUACUAAAAAAGCCCCCUUGUCACCAGUGGAUGGUGAAGGCAGUCGAAUUCUCCAUAAGAGUCUGGGGGGAAAUCUGGGCUAUCAGUGGUCAUUGUUCAAAUCAACAAUUGCUGCUGUCAACUCUGCAAUCAAGUAUGCAUUUCAGUUUUUUUGCUGAUUGUGGAUGGACAGUAUUUGUAAUAUAGUUUCACGCUUUGUGAUCAAGAUAUUCUGCUGGAAGCCACGGUGGUGCUGCAAAGGUCCAACCAGAUCUUGCCGUUGCUGAAUGUACAUUAACGUUUUUUUUCUUUUUCUAAUUUCAUAGAAUGUGUCUUAUUAACAUGGCAGAUCACAUAAUUACAACCCUGGAAAUCUCCCCCUCUGAUGUGACCAUAUGUGCUGUAGUAUAAAUGAACACUGAAAGAUGAGGUGUCGACAGCGCUGCUGAACAGUAGAUGCUGUCAUAUGGUAUAAAGUUAAUAGAACAGUAACAUUCAAGCUACUAUCUGUCAUGCGUGUGCCUUUAGAUGUUUGCUCCGCCCCUAACGUGAUGUAUAACUGACAUUUUCAAAGGUUCGUGUAGUAGUUGUUCAGAGAAACCUGCCUUAUCACUACAGCUGACGUCAUCAAACUGCCAUUUGUAUGUCUGGACCAACUCAUCAGGUGUCAGGGCUUAAAAGGAAUUUCCUAUUUUAAUGCAAACACUAAAAUAAUCCCUUUUCGGUCACAUCCAUGUUGAGUGUUCAGUCACUCUUCUGGCAUCAGACAGAACAGAUCUGGGUCUCAUUCAUUUCUGCUGGUUACAGAAAUGACACUCGGCCGCAUCCACUCUCGGACCAAUAUUACCAAUCAUGUGUAAAACUGUUUUUCUGUAGUUGGUCUUACUCAACUUUUAACUUUGCAGUUCAUAAUUAAGCUGGAUUUUCACAAAGUGUCUAUCUUAUUGUUUAAAGCACUAAACAAGCCCCGGAUGUUGCUGAAAACUUUCUACCCCAGAGGUAAUUUCCGAUUCAAAGAUUAGAAUCGUAGCAGAACUCAAGAUCUUAGACAUGAUCUAAUUUUAUGAAUUUAUCUUCAUGUCCGUUAAGCACAUGCAGCAGAGAGGGAGGAAAUGUGAGUUAUGAAUAUAGACAGAAGGAAAAUGACUCAUUGAUGCACAGUUGAGGAUUCAGAAGACUUUUGUAUGAAGAGCCAGCCAUGGCACCAAAGAAAAGAGUAGGGAGUUCCUGUGAAUGUUCAGGAUCCAGUACAGAUGACAUGAAGAAGAAAUAAGACACUCCUGAACUGAUAUGUUUUAUAUGGUAAUAACACUGGGUUGACCUGUGUUUUUAAUCUAUUACUAAACUGGAUGUGUGGUUUUUUUGUUUUUGUUUUUUUUUGGUCAAAUAUUUCAUGUCUGAUAGGCUGUUUCUGACAUAAACCUGGACCCUGAAGAUUUA